CCGCAGUUAGACAUCCGGUGGGCAGCUAGAGGCGGAGCUCGGAGGUGCGGGCGGCUUCACCGCAGCGUUUCCCGAUCGGGUGUCUAGCCGCAGACUCCGGAGAGGAAACGGUCCUCUCAUUCUUCUCUCGGUGACAUGUCUGCUCCAGCUCAGCCACCCACUGAAGGGGCAGAAGGGGCUGCCCCAGGUGGGGGUCCCCCUGGCCCUCCUCCUAAUAUGACCAGUAACAGACGACUACAGCAGACCCAGGCACAAGUGGAGGAGGUUGUGGACAUCAUGCGUGUAAAUGUGGACAAGGUCCUAGAGAGGGACCAGAAGCUGUCAGAGCUGGAUGACCGAGCCGACGCCCUGCAGGCGGGUGCAUCUCAAUUUGAGAGCAGCGCUGCCAAGUUAAAGAGGAAGUACUGGUGGAAAAACUGCAAGAUGAUGAUCAUGCUGGGAGCCAUCUGCGCCAUCAUCGUGGUAGUUAUCGUAAUCUACUUUUUUGCUUGAGAACGUGCCACCCCGUCCCUGUUCCCCCCGGCCGUCUGGACUCAUGUCCCUCUCUCCCUCUGUCUCUCCCCGGCACUCCCCCGUCCGCCUUCCUCCGUCCCAGCCCCGCUUCGCCAUCACCCACUCCUCCUCCUUUGUUGCUUUCAUUUGCACUCGGUCCCGCGACACCGGAAAUGCUGCUCAUGGUGCAGUCUUGAGGUAACUGCCUGGUAAACAACAGCGGGCAUCUCCUUCCUCCCCUCUCACGCUCUCUCAAAUUCCCCCAAAGGGUUGGAGGCGGAGGGCCUAGGAAGGGGCGGAGCUGAGGUGACCUGCCCAAGAAGGGGCCAGGACUAGAGGGAGGAGAAGAGGCUUGUGCUCCUGGUGUUGCCAGGAAAAGCCAGGUCAGGCUGCUGGCAGGAGGAGUCUGGGGACAGCUGGGAGAAUGUCCCUCACCUGGAGUUCUUCUCUUGGGCCAGGCCUUGCGGGGGGAGCCUGGACCGGGUCUGCAGUCCAGCCUGGGCCUGGUGCAGGAUGCCUUAAGAAAGUCAAGCCUGUUUUUCAGAGGGACAUCCCAUCUGUUAGUCUUAAGAUUUUCUGUCUUCGGGGAUCUUACCACCUUUUACUUUGUCCUCCAGCGACCUGGAGGACACAUAGUCAUAGCGAAAAAAUGCCAGGACUCCCGUUCCCGUCCUAGAAGCAGUCCCGCCAGCUCAUAUCUGGAUGGGGCGCUCGUCCGUGUUCUCUACACCAUUCUGUGUUGCUCAUGAGGGCGUCAAAUAAUUUCAUAUUUAGCCAGAGUUUGAGACUCUCACUGAAUUUUACUGGCGUAGAUAAAGAGAGGAUGCCUGUGGGUUAUAGAGACACAGUGUGUCCAGGGCCUAACCCGAAAAUAACAAGCCUGGAGGAAGUCACUUCUCACCCUCUCGUUCUGAGGUUCCUGUUGCUCCUUCCUGUUGAUGGAGGAGGAUGAGGGGCUGGAGGUGAGGAGCCCUGGACCCUUGGGGAGUCCUUACCCCCCAAUACUCCCCCAGUGAACUUGCUAAAGACAAGGGGGGCCCGGCUGUGCUCUGAGUGCUGAGGGAGCCCAGUGCCCGCAGCGACCCAACCCCGGAGUUGAGGUGGAUGUCAACAGGCAGCCUGCUUGUGGGUCCUGUGCCGCCCUGGGGCCUCCUCACCCAGAGUGGCCUCUGUCCUUGUCGCAGUUCGUUCCCAUCCACCCCGUCCACCUGGACUCCACGCUGCCUCCUCCGCUCCCCACUUCUCUGUGUGGUUUGUGGCACAGACAGUGGGACCCAAGGACGGGGUUGCUCGGCCUGUCUCAGGGGCUGAGGCUGGGUCUCAGGAAAGGGCACCGAGUGGGCCAGACCGGGCCCUCCGCCCCACCUGGUCCCUUCAUGCCUCCCGUCCAGCCGUCCGCCAGCGGAAGGCGGCAGGGGGCCAGGCUGGGCUGGCUGGCCCUCCAUGCAGUAGCAUUUCACGACGUACAACCCCCCUGCCUCUCCCUCCGCCCCGCCCCUCCCUUCUCCUCAUCCUGCCCCAGGGUGGGAUGGAAGAGCUGGACGAAGGCAGUCAGUGUGCCCUCCUUACGGCCCCCCUCGAAGGCCUCCACUCUCCCCUGGGCUCCCCUUGCCUAACGCAGGGGGUCACCGCCAGAGAAGAACCACCACUGGCCUCGAUGUGUCCCAAGCCUGGAGCAAACCCGCCCUCCUGGGCCGCCCCGUCACAGGAGAUCACUUCUGGGUUCUGCCCCGUCUGUCCCAGAGGGAGUCUGCUCUGUGCUUCUGGGGACGCAGCUCUUCCACUCUCUUUCUCACCCCGCCUGUCCCCUCUUCUGUCUUCGCUGUCCCCACCCCCGCACCCCACACCCACGUGCAUAAGCACAUAUGCACCUGAGCCCGGGGCUCGGCGGCCACAUGGAGCCGAGGCCCCACAGCCCCUCCUUGUUUGCUGUGAGACGGUGCGGGGUCUCCACAGUGUGUCUGUCAUCACCUCUCUCUUUUUUCCUAACGCCACUCUCCUCCAUGUACAGAAUAAUAACAGAUGUCCUUCCACCAAAGGCAUGUAUUCACCAAUUUACUGUAUUCUGAACAAAGGCCAAAAAAUACAGCUUCCU